UAGCCUUCGUAUUGAAAAAGCAAUGAUGACAAGUAUACUUCAAAAUAUUACUCAAGAAAAUGAAAUUUUAAUUUAUAAAGGAAUGAUCUACGCGAUAGAUAUCCAUCGCAAAGCUACACAAUUUUCUCAACAUUUUCUGAAGAUUUUUGAGGGACCGUUCUUCUUUAUAAUAGCGUCUGGCAUGAUUUCCUUCAGUUGCACUCUUGUUGAAAUUGUAUCUAUAAAUAAUUUUGAGGAAUUUAUUCCAUUUAGUAUAAUAAUACUUACUGUGUUCCUGUACAUGAUUAUGGCUAACUACACUGCUCAAGAAGUUAUGGAUCACAAUAACCGUGUAUUUGCUACCGCAUAUAACGUUCAAUGGUACAUAGCACCAUUACGUAUACAGAAAAUGCUAAUAUUUCUAUUGCUAAGAGGUAAUAAAGCUUUUAAUCUCAAUCUUGGUGGAUUGUUUGUGGGAUCCUUAGAAAGUGCUGCUAUGCUAACAAGUGCUUCGAUAACUUACUUUACGGUACUGUAUUCAUUACGGUAAAAUUAACAUAAUAUUGGCGUAAUAAAGCCAUAUAUAAAUCGUUUAAUUGGAAUUACUUAAAGUCUAUGCUUUAGAUAUACUUAAACAUCAUAAGUAUUGUAAAUAAAGAAAAUUUGGACCGAUUAUGAAAAUGUUAUAGUUUAAGAAAAUAAUGUGAUAAUUAUAAAGAUUUAAAGUUAUUAAUAACAUUGUAUAUAAUACGUAUAUUUUAAAAAUUUGU